CUUCCUCAAAUUGUUCGUACAGCUUGGAUAUGGGAGUGCUAUCCUGAUUGCAAAGAGAAGCACAACAGAUGGACCAUUUCUUGAGCAGGCUCUGGCAUCGCUUGAAUGUGAGCAAUGAUUCCAUACAGAAUCCCAGAAUCCCAGAAUCAUUAAGGUUGGAAAAAAACCUACGACCAUCUAGUCUGACCAUCAACCCAUCACCACCAUACCCACUAAACCAUGGCCCUCAGUGCCACAUCUACACAUUUCUUGAACACCCCCAGGGAUGAUGACUCAACCACGUCCCUGGACAGACUGUUCCAAUGCAUUACCAUUUUUUUCUGAGAAGAAAUUUUUCCUAAUAGGCACAAUAAAAUGCCACCACUUCUUGUCCUAUCAGUUAUAUGGAAGAAGAGGCCGAACCCCACCGCACUACAACCUACUUUCAGGCAGUUGUAAAGAGCAAUAAGGUCUCCCUUGAGCCUCCCCUUCUCCAGACAAUCUCAGUUCCCUCAGCCAUUCCCCAUAAGAUUUGUCCAGGUCCUUCACUGCCCUUCUCUGAACAUGCUUCAGGGCCUCAGUGUCGUUCUUGCAGUGAGGGAUCCAAAAGUGAACACAGCACUAGAGGUGCAGCCUCACCAGAGCCAAGUACAGACCCCGUGACCAAAUACCCCUACACCAAUGAACGCAGUGCAGCAAAUAUCAAUACGGAGGUGCUGGAAAGGAACAGGUAAGAUGCAUGCAUAGCUCCUAGUGAUAAGCUGGUAGGAAUGGCAAUGCCUGCAAGGAGUGCAGAAUGGCGAUUACAUCAACAAUAUGCUGUCCUUGAAGCACUUUUUAAGAAGAUGAGGUAAUUACUAGUCUUUAUGCCACCACUGCUAAACAGUCUCAGCACCGGUAAUAGGCAAUGUAAAGGAGGAUAUGCAAACAGUCUAAACAGAGGCUGUCUAUCCCUAAUUGAUUUAGUCAUAUUUAGCACUGAAUGAGGUGGGUGGAGAGGUAAAAAUAGCCUAAAUAGCAAAUUCCUCCCAGGUUUGUUUUCUUUAGCUGUUAACCGUGUAAGAUAAAAGGCUAAUACUGUUUACAUAAAAUUGAGCUUUGUCACAUUCAGCUACACUGAUUUUUGUCUGCUUCCUGUUCUGUCAACAAGGCAACACCAGCGUGCAAGGGCGUGUGUAUUAGAAAGCAUGCAUUGGUGUCUACCAGAAAGCUGCUUGAGGUUUUCCAUGUGAGAAUAGACUCCACAGAAGAGAAAGGUGGAUUCAGAUAAAACAGGACCCAGACUUCUGGGCAUGACUGUUUAUAUGAAGAUGCAGUUUCAGAGACCUCAGUGGAACAACAGAUGCCUAAACCACAGUGCAGGGGAGGAAAGAAAUAGUGGCCGUCUAAGCAUGUUUACUUUCAGGGACAAGGAAGUUCUAACUUGUCCCUAAGUGGUGACUCAUCGGAACAGGGCUAUAAAUGUGAAGGUAGCUGCUCUCCAACACAUCAGACAUCACAAAUCCAACAUAAUGCUUUCAGCUGUCUUCUUCUUCUUGCUGGGUCUGUCAUUUUGUCUGACGGUCCCUAUUCCUCUUGAUGAUAGCCAUGAAUUCACAGAGGAAGACCUCCGGUUUGCAGAGCGCUACCUCAGAACUCACUAUGAUCUCCGUCCAAAUCCCACUGGUGUUAUGAAGAAGAGUGCCAACACAAUGGCCUCUAAACUUCGAGAAAUGCAAGCUUUUUUUGGUUUAGAGGUGACAGGAAAAUUAGAUGAAGAAACAUACGAGCUCAUGCAGAAACCAAGAUGUGGUGUUCCAGAUGUGGGGGAAUAUAACUUUUUCCCUCGAAAACUCAAAUGGUCAAAAACUAAUUUAACAUACAGAAUUGUGAGUUACACUCACGAUCUGAGACGCGCUGAAGUAGAGAGAGCCUUCAAAAAAGCAUUCAAGGUUUGGUCUGAUGUGACACCCCUUAACUUCACCAGAAUACGAAGUGGCACUGCUGAUAUCAUGAUCUCCUUUGGCACUAAAGAACAUGGUGACUUUUACCCCUUUGAUGGACCCUCUGGAUUACUGGCUCAUGCCUUCCCUCCUGGUCCAGACUAUGGAGGAGAUGCCCAUUUUGAUGAUGAUGAAACUUGGUCAAAUGAUUCUAAAGGAUAUAACUUGUUUCUUGUUGCUGCUCAUGAAUUUGGCCAUUCGCUGGGACUUGAACACUCCAGAGACCCUGGAGCACUGAUGUUCCCAAUUUACACUUAUACUGGAAAAUCUGGUUUUGUGCUUCCUGAUGAUGAUGUGCAAGGGAUCCAAGAGCUCUAUGGUCCUGGAGACAGAGAUCCCAACCCAAAACAUCCCAAAACACCAGAGCAAUGUGCUGCAGAUUUAUCAAUUGAUGCCAUAACAAAACUUCGUGGAGAAAUGCUGGUCUUCAAGGACAGGUUUUUCUGGAGACUGCACCCUCAGAUGGUUGAAGCAGAACUUGUUUUAAUUAAAUCCUUUUGGCCAGAGCUUCCAAACAAAAUAGAUGCAGCUUAUGAAAACCCCAUUAAAGAUCUUGUCUUCAUGUUUAAAGGAAAGAAGGUUUGGGCUCUGAAUGGCUAUGACAUAGUUGAAGGCUUUCCUAAAAAGAUAUAUGAAAUGGGAUUCCCAAAAGAAAUGAAAAGGAUAGAUGCAGUGGUCCAUAUUGAUGACACUGGCAAGACUCUCUUUUUUACAGGGAAUAAGUACUGGAGUUACGAUGAAGAGACAGAGGUUAUGGACACGGGCUACCCCAAGUUCAUAGAAGAUGAAUUUGCAGGAAUUGGUGAUAGAGUGGAUGCAGUCUACCAAAGAAAUGGUUACCUGUACUUCUUCAAUGGACCACUGCAGUUUGAAUACAGCAUCUGGAGUAAAAGAAUUGUCCGCAUCCUGCAUACUAACUCCUUAUUUUGGUGCUAAGUACAGAUGAGUGCCAUGCUACAAGCUGCAGAGCAGCUUUUAGUACGCGGAAAUAAUAAUUCAGGCAUACAAGUUUAUUAGAAGAAAGCAGAGUUCUGUGAAAAAGCACUGGCUACCUAGAACCAAACGUAUACUCAUAUACUGUAUAUAUGGAACUAUACAGCUCUAUGUCAGUCUGGAACUGCAUUAAAUUAAUAGGAAAACAGGAAAGAAAUGAUACUCAUUUUAAGGGGCAUUACACCAUUUAAAGUUUGUCUAGCAUUAAAGUGAGGAGAUGGAUACAUUCUUCAUGAUCGUAAGCAUGACUAAGUCCCAGCAAUCUAGCAACUUCUUAGAACUUUGUAGUAUUUCUGAAGAAAUAGAGCUAAUACUCCCUGGAAUGUUUUAUUUUAAAAUUAAUCCUUGUGCUCUUCGCAAAAU